UUAACUUGAAAACCUUAAGUAUUGCAGCCUACCCCAAACACAAUUCCGUUGCCUUUUUUGAUAAUGACAAUAAAACGUUGAAUCUUUCUCCUCUUAAGUUGCCAGGAAAUUUGACCUUCCGACAAUGGACAUUAAAGUCUUUGAUGAGUCAAGGACCGAGGUUGAUCAGGAAGCUUUUGCAUACUUGAUGAAGCAGCCAGAUGUUCAUGUCCUGGAAAUUGAUAUCCCAGAGGAAGGAACAUCUGAAGAUUCCGUUAGCUCAGGCUCCCUUGCUGAUGCUGAGGCUAGUUCUGGAUCUGAUGACACUGUGAUACUGACCCCUAGCCCAAGACAAUUAAAACAAGGAGAGGAACGUCGUCUUGCCCAAAUGGUUGAAGACAUCUUAAAAGGAAGCCCAGGAGGGGACAAGAUCAUGAAUGAAUAUGCUCGGACAAAGUACCUGUCAGAUAGCAGAAGGCGUGACCUGGUGAAGAUAUUGGUUGCUCAUAUGACAAAUGAACAUGGAACAAGCCCACCUCGGCAUGUGAAGGAAGACUACGCACUGGGUAUCAUCUCCCUCUUCCCCUAUUUGGCUGACCCAAGGAGCAAGCUUGGCUAUGAACAUUAUUACAACGCAGAAGAUGGAAGUGGCUAUUUGGCUUGGAGAAUUAAAACUCUGCAGAAAGAAGCAUCAGAGGGACGAGUUAAACGUCCACGACCUUCACAAGCAGGUGGGCCAUCUGUUGAUAGAGAUCCUUGCAAGGAAGGCAAUUGGUUGAGCGAUGAACGCCAGUGUCAGGAAGCAAUUGCUCUGAUGAAGCACACAGCUGAUGAAUCGGUGGUGAAGGAAAAGAUGAGGUUGACCCUAGUCUAUCGGCAGAAGAUUCUGCGUGACACUGACAAAUCCACUGAUAUCCUAUCAAUUUUUCCAAGAUUCAUGGACAUACCAGGCCUGAUUGAGCAGGAUUUUGCACUUCUCUUUGGUGACUCAACCUCUGCAAAGCUGAUGGAGAAAUGGUCCACCAACAUAAAACCAAAAGUCAUUGCACAGAGCCGUGGCCUGACACAGACUGCGGAUCUCCAAGACCUCAUCCAGAAUGCUCUUGCUACUGAAGUUGAAGAAGGUUGGGACAGUGACAUGUCGUCCAUACUGUUGCUGGUCCACCUUCUACCACCCUCCAAUCCAGGGCGCAAAAGGCCAGGAAAGAUUUCCGCUCAUCGAGCCUGUGAUCAUGUGGUGAAAUUCAUCAAGACUGGUGCCAGCAUUCAGGGCCAUUUGGAGGGCAUCACACAGAGUGUCCAGCCAUAUCUACUUGCAGUUGGACCAAAGAAAAGUAUGAUCCAAUCUUACUUCAUUGUUGUUGACAAACAGGCCUUGCCAUGCAAGUCCUCCAAUUCACUGGCUGCAUUCGAUGAGCUUUUUAAAGCUCAUUAUGUUUUCGGUACCACUUACUGCCAUGAGCUCACAAAUGUGUUCACUUUCUUGCAAACAACCAUCUAUGACAUAGAUGUUGAAAUUACCAAAGUCAAUCCAAGAGUAGCUGAGCUUAGAGCACGAAUGCUGCAGUAGACAGAAUGAUUUGUUUUCAUUUGUCAGAAGAGUCAUGCUGAUGCUAAUAGCCUCAUACGGCACUUUAAACUUGUUCAUGGUCUUUGUUCGGGCAAAAGCCUGAAGUUAAAAUGUGGCCAUAGAGGCUGUUCCCAUGUAUAUCAUAGUUUUUCAGGUUUGCGAAAGCAUCUCAGUAAGUGUUGUACAAAUGACAACUUGAAUGUUGAUGGUGGGGAAUGUUCCACCUUCACAAACUUCAUUUCAUCCGAGGAGACAGACUUGCCAGAUCAGAGUUCACCUUCUGAGCCUGUACUACUAGAAAGGCACAUAGCCAAAAAUUGUGCAAAUAUUGUAGCAGAACUUAAGCGUGUUGGCAAUCCAGUUACUACUAUUGAUUUAACUGUGAGUACUGUACAAGAAGUAAUUGGAGACCUUGACCGUCUAAAACAAGUGCAGUUGAAAAAUAGCCUUGACUUACAAGAGCCAAUGAAAAGUGUGGUUGAGUCUAAAAUUGAUCAGUGUUUUGAGAAUGCAUUGGAUCCUUUCCUUCCUUUAAACACUGAGAGUAAGAGAAUGAAAUACUUUUCUGAGAAAUGGGGAAAAAUUGAUCCAGUUGAAUAUGUUCUAGGGACACGAUUUGCUACACGUUUUAUCAGAACAAGUGGAGGCUAUGGCCAAACCAUUGUCAAGGAUAAAUUCAUGUACAUACCAAUUCUCGAGACGGUGAAGUCUAUUUACCAGCAUCCUGCUAUAAAUGAUAUGAUGGCUAGAGACCCCAAACAAAUGGAAAACUUGCUGUAUGACAUACAAGAUGGAGAAUUCUUUAAGGAACAUGAUCUCUUCUCCAAACAAGUGCACACUGUACAGUUGCAAUUAUUCUUUGAUGAAAUGGAAUGUGCCAAUCCAAUUGGAAGUAAGCGGGGAAUUCACAAACUUGGUGCCAUCUAUUUUACCCUGAGAAAUGUGUCGCCCAAGUACAACUCGAGUUUACUGAAUAUUCAUUUGGUUUCGUUAUUCCAUGCCCAAGAUAUCAAAACAUACGGGUUUGAUAAGA